AUGGCCAAAGGUUCGGGCCGGUUCCGCAACCGCAAGCUCGGGUUCAAGACCCGCAUCAACGUCGAGGUCGGCGUCGUCAUCGAGGAUGACCCACUUGACGCCGAUCUCGACAUCGAGGACGACAAGGCGCACAAGGGCGUCGAGACGGGCGUCGACAAGGACGAGGAGGGCGAGGUCCACCUGCAGCAGGUCAUCGCGUCGGCGGCGGCCUACGUCGGUGGCACCCCGUCACGCGCCGACAAGGGCAAGAAGCGCGAGGCGGCCUUCAUCCCGACCCGCUCGAGCCAGACCAUCCCCGAGGCCGAGUACCGCGCGCUGUACUCGACCGGCUACGUCGACCCGAUCUCGUACAUCCGGUUCUCCGACACGGUCGAGGACACGCAGAAGGGCGCGAUCGGCUACACGAUGGACGAGGACGACGAGGACUGGCUCGAGGACUUCAACGCGCAGUUCCUCCCCGGCGCCAAACCUCGGCCGGCGACGUCGAGCGCCGCCGACGACGUCCCCGAGACGCCCGGCGGGAGCGGUCGAGGCGGUCGCAAGAACAACAAGCACGUCGUGUCGUCGCCGUCGGGCGCCGUCGCCGGUCCUUCCUCGGCCUCGUCCUCGGCCGCGCUCGACGCCCUUCCUCCGCCGACCGCCGCCCUGUCCGAGGACGACUUUGAGCAGCUCAUGGAGCUGUUUGAGCAGACGACCGAGCGCAAGGCGCCGAUGGCGCACGUCAACCUGUCGCUCAUCCCUCGGCUCGACGACAUGGACGAGGCGCUCCUCGACCCGCUCACGCCCGAGCUCGCCCGACUACGCCCGUACGCGCGCGAGGUCUACGUCCACUGGCGAGCGAGGAGAAUCGCGAGGGGCGGCAAGUCGGUGAUCCCGCAGCUCGACUACGACGAGUCGAACGAGCAGAACCCGUACGUCUGCUUCCGGCGGCGAGACGUCAAGACGGCCCGCAAGACGCGCCGGUCCGAUCAGCAGAACCUCGAGCGCCUCGUCCGACUGCGCAACGACCUGUACGCCGCACAUGCGCUCCUCGUCAAGGUGCAAGAGCGCGAGCGCAUCAAGCUCGAGGCGCUGCAGCUCGAGCGCGCCAUCUUCGACCAGCGGUGCGAGAUGCGGGACCUCAAGCGGCGGUUGAACGAGCCCGACGGCGACGAGGAGCUCCUCAUCUCGCGGCGGGAGAAGAAGCGCAGGCGAGAAGAGCAGGUCGCCGGGAGCGCUGUCCGGGUCUCGCUCCGCAAGACCGACGUCAACGUCCUCACCCCGGCCUCGCUCGUCCUCCCGCUCGAGGAGCUCCAGGCGCGCAAGCAGCGCAACGACCUCAUCCACAAGCAGGUCGAGCGCGACCUCGCCCGCAAGCGCCAGGCCGACGCCCAGUGGGACGACUGGACCGACUCGGCCUACAUGGCGCGCCCGCCACCAACGCCCGCACGGUUCUGGCGCGCCGUCGAGCCCGUGCCCAACUCGGUCCCGUUCAACGGGCCGGCAGGUCGGCGCGAGGCGCUCGGCUUCGCGACGCAGUACCAGCCGCCGAUCGGGCGCGUCCGCACGAGCUUCCGCAAGCGUGUCGGCCGCGGCGGGCGCAUCCUCCUCGACCGCAUCGGCGCCGUCAAGCGCGACGACGACGACGAGCCGGCGCUCAAGCGGGUCUCGCUCGACGGCGACGGCGACGCGAGCGAUGCCGAGGGCGAGGAGGAGGACGAGUGGCUCGCGGCCCGGCGGCGAGAGCGGCUCAAGUACGACACGGACGCCGGCCUCGACUUUCCCGCCGCCGACGAGCCGACCCUCGUCGACGACUACGACCUGCCGUACCUCCUGCGGCGCAUCGCCCUCCUCAAGCAGGCCGACAUCGAGUCGCUCACGCUCGACUCGGCCUACCUCGACGAGGCGUUCCGGUACGCGGCGCAGGACCCGGACAAGAACACGCCGGCGCCCGUCGUCGUCGGCCGCCCGCCGCAGCGUCCGCCGCUCCAGAUGGCGCCGACGCAGGCCGCAGCAGGUGCGAGCGCCGCGUUCGCCCAGGCGCAAGCUCAAGCGCAGGCGCAGGCCCAAGCGCAGGCCCAGGCGCAGGCCCAGGCCCAAGCGCAGGCGCCGGGCGCGAGUGCGGCGUACGCGCAGGCCCAGGCGCAGCUCGCGCAGCAGCAGGCGAUGCGGCUCGCUCAGCAGCAGCAGGCGAUGCGCAAGCAGCAGGCGCUCGCCGCCGCUCCGGCCGCGGCUGGCGGCACGCCCGACUCGAUGCGGCGCACGCCGUCGCAGUCGGGUGCGAGCGGGUCGCCGCACUCGCCGCUCGCGCACAACGGCAUGCCGCUCGGCGCGGUCGGCAUGAACGGCGUCGUCGUCGGCCAGGACGGCAAGGGCCAGGUCAUGCUCUCGCCCAACUUUGCCGCCGCCCAGCACCCGGGCCAGCUUCCUCCCUCGCCGCUCGGCGCCAACGGCAUGCCCCUCCCUCGACAGGGCGUCAACAGCCUGCCUCCCGGCGCUCGGCUCCAGGGCAUGCCGUACGCCAACCCGCAGGCGCUCCAGUUCGCCAUCCAGCAGCAGCAGCAGCAGCAGGCUCAGCUCGCCGCCGCCGCCGCCGCCGGGCAGCUCCAGGGCCGGCCCAUGUCGUCGAACGGCGCGCCGUCUCGCCCGACGAGCGCGGCGUCGAGCCACCACCUGUCGCCGCACAUGGGCGGCGGCGCGUCGCUCCCCUCGCUCUCGCCCGGCGGCAGCAUGCGCGGUGCAGGAGGCGGCAUGGGCACGCCGCCACCGGGCAUGGUCGGGCACGGGCCCAAGCCGGGCCAGGGUCCGGGGCAGGGGCAGCAGGGGCGAGGGAGUCCGUUGACGCAGGCGCAGGCGCAGGGCCUGUACGCGGCGCAGAUGGCGGCGCAGGUUCAGGCGCAGCAGCAGCAGCAGCAGCAGGCGCAGAAGCAGGCGACGCCGCAGUACGGCGGCUUCUGAGCGCGCCUCGUCCGCCUCUUCCCCUCCCUCCUCUCGCUCCUCUCCCUUCCUCCUCGACGCCUCCGGCCACCUCCUUCCGUGCUCUCUCCCUCUUUCUCCCACCUUCUCCUGUCAUCGUGAUCACAACAAAACCCAAAGCCGUACCUGUUUCGCUGUCGUCGUCGUUGCUCGAGGAGGAGGACGGAGGAGGAGGAGCGGGCGUCUUUGCAGGUGGAUGGAGCGUGUACUUCUUGUAUUGCCGUAGUGGCGCGCUCAACGCAGAUGCUUCCGCAGCUC